UAUUUCAGUCGCAUUUAUAUUAGGGUGCGUUUGCUUGCUCGUUUGAAAGGACCUGUAUUGGUUUAUAGACUAAACCUGGUGUUCGUGUUUUUUUUAUAAAGAAAAUAACUCCAAACUUAUACACGUUCAAUUUACAGGCAAUGUCUGUCACUGUGUCUUAUUAGUGUUAAAGCAAAGACCCCUUUCAUUCCUGUGACUGGAUUUGUAAAAUGCAAGCAGUGGCAAAUCCAUCUGACAAUGCGGAUAAGGAACAAGAAAGAACAAGCAUUAGAUCAAUCAAAGCCAAGCCUCCGAAAUCAGGUGGCGCUGGAAAUACUUACAUUUCGCUGAGAAACCCCUUCAAACUCCCUAAGGAGGACAUCUUUCUUCUUAGGAACCAACAGCAUAAGAAAAAGAGGCAGGAGCGAGAGCACCAGAAGGGCCUUAAGGUUCACCAGAAGUGCACAUAUUUGGGGAAAAUCCAGGAAACGCGAGCAGAAUUUCGCCAGGAACUAGAGAAGUGGGAGAAGGAAGCUGACACCAAGACAGCCAAUACCUCACUCAGAAAUAACCCUUCCUGGAAGAAAGCUGCUGUCCGAGACCGAAAUGAUGAAUCAAUGGUUGCGUAUAUCACCAAAAAGAAGGAGAUGUUUAUGCUUGAGUACUCAUUGGCAGUGAAGCAAGAGUUGAUGACCAAUCUUGCAGAGGUGGCCAAAGUGGAAGAGAACAGGCUACAGCGAGCCGCUCAGUUCUUGGAGGAAGAUGCAGCCAUGUUUGAUGAGUUCCUCAAGGAGAAUGACAAGAGCUCUGUGCAGGCCAUAAAAAUUGCUGAAAAAGAGACUAAAGCCAAGCUAGAGAAAAUUGCAGACAUCAAAAGGAUUACAGGAACAAUUGUGACUGUGAAAAGUGAUAUCUCCAAGUUUGAGGACAUUUUGAAGGAUUACACCAACUUCAAUGAGUUCCUGCUGAAACUCUCCCCACCUGAGUGGCAGGAGAAGCAACAGUGGCGGAGGGAGAUGGCUCAGAAGAUCCGGGCCAGAGAGAAGCAGCAGCAAACAGCAGCCAAGGCAGUGCAGGGGACAGCUCCCACGACACAAAGCAGACGAAGAGAAAGCUCUCAAAAAGAACUGCCCCCUGUGACUGACCCCAGGAGCCUUCGCAAGGUCUCUACCAAGGAGAACAAGAUGAAAGAACCACCAGUUCCCGAAAUUGAGGGCAAUCUUUCUGAGUAUGAGGAUCCUCAGAUUUUCUUCACGGACCCCCAGCAGCUGCUGGACCUGCUCACUGAGCUGGAGAAGCAGAACCUAAACCUGAUCCAGAACUCCCAGGACACUGAGGAGUCUCUGGAGGAGUUUCGCAUAACCAUGUGCAACACCCGCAAAAAGAUGGAGCAGGAGACAGAGCAGCUGUCCCAGCAGGUUGACAUAAUCUCUUGUGCCAUUGAGAGAGAGCGAGUGAGGGCAGCAGAGCUGGAGCUCAAGGCUCGUCUGUUCUCCUUCGGAGAGUUCAAAGCAGAUACUCAGGACCGGAUGCUGGAGGGCCUGGGCUUGAAGGUUAAAGAGGUGUACCAGCUCAGUGUUGGGGAGACAGAGGCCAACCUCACCACGCUGCAGAUGCUCACCAUAAUCGAGGGCCGGAUGGAGGAACUGGUAGAGUCUCUGGAGCUGGUGCCGCGGGACCGCCUGCUCGUGGUGGAUAGGGUCCGGGAGAAGGAGCGCAGGAUCAAGCAACGAGAGGAGAAGGUUUUUCUGCAGAAGAAACAACAGGAGGAGCGUCUUCGCAAGGCUUUAGAGAGAGCCCAGACUGACAUUAAGAGACCUCUGGUCAGGAAGCUUGUGCCACGCUCACAGCCACCCAUGCAGGCGGACUUGGACGCCGUGGUGGACGAAGGUACGAAUGUGGAGCUAGAGAAUCACCAGUACUUCUUUACCUAGUGCUGCCAGCUACAAAUCAUUUGGCUUCACACCUUUGGCUUUGAACUAUAAAACAUCAUUGGAAAUAAAUAAAAUAUAAAUGUGAAUAUAUUUUGUUCCUAUCAUCAGCCAAUGAUAAUAAAUAAUAACAAUGAUAAUGA